AUGUCACUAAUAAAGCUCAUUGGAGUUCUUCUGAUUUGCUUUCUGGCUGGCUUCAGCACUGUGAGUGUGGAGAGACCAUGUCCAAUGGAAACAGUCACUUUCACCUGCACUGCUGUUGGAGAUUCCUUGAGAUGGUCACCAUCAGAUGCAACUCCAAUCACUAUCCUCUCUUCUACCUCUGGUCUCAAUGUACCCCGUAAUGCAUCAGGUUACACUGUGACACUGAUUGCAUUCGAUAACGAUACACUAACAUCUACUCUGUCAAGAACAGCAGAGAAUGGGAUCACUGUGUUCUGUUUGACUUAUCUCGUCUAUUGUCUGUAUAUAUACAAUAAGUUAUAUAUAGAUCCACCAGGACCACCUUCCACCAUCAGACACUCCAUUUCAAGCAGCUCUGACAAUGACAUUAGUGUAUCUAUACAGUGGAACCCUCCUACUGAGACUGGUGGUAGAGAUGACCUCACCUACACAGUGACCAUCUCGGCCCAGCUCUCUGCUACUGUCCUCACAUCCACCUUUGUCACUGUGACUGCUCAAUACAAUGUGGACUACACUGUCAGUGUUGUGGCUACCAACUGUGCUGGGAGCAGUACAACUGUUGAGUACAACUUUAGGAUUGGCAAUUACUGUCCUGUGUUGACCAACCCCAUGAAUGGAGUGUUUGGACCAACUACCAGCAGUUUGCCAGGAUCCACAGUAACCAUCCAGUGUGAUGCUGGGUAUGUGUCAGCUGUUAUGAUGGUGACAUGUGAGGGUACACUGAUGUGGAAUCCAGAACCUGAGGCUAUUGAGUGUACAUCACUAACCACACCUACUCCCACAACUCUCCCCCCUCAAAUGAAUUGCACAGCUUCACUACCACCACCACGGAAUGGCACCAUCAGUGGUCAUUCAGUACCAGCUAUUCCCGGUACGCGAGUGGUCUUUCAGUGUGACAAUGGACUGUUCCCUGAGGGUAUAAUGACUGCCACCUGUCUAGCUACAGGAGAGUGGGAUAGGAACACGGGGGAGAUUGUCUGCAGAGCUGCUCUUUGUAAUUACGCCAGCCUAUCUGAUGGGAGUCGAUUUGAUGCAGCUGUCUCCAUCAGCGUGGUUGUCACGGCAGUUGUGUUCACCAUCAUUGGAUUAUUGAUGGGACUCUUGAUCAUGUAUUUGCUCAUGCGUAAGAAGGCAGUGUACUCCCCGUCAGCUGAAGGUCAAGCUAAUGUAGGACCCACUGUACCAGCUGGUCCUGUUUAUGAAGAGGUGUUACCCAAAGAGGAGAUUGAACUGAACACUAACCAGGCUUACGGACCAUUAGCAAUUUCAUCAACAGUUAAUUAAUGUAGAUGUACAUAGCACUAUACAUCCGUUCAUUAUCAACAACCUAGCUAAGAACAAUGUAAACAAUAACAUUGUUCAUUAAAAAGCCACUAUACAUGUAUUGUAUCAAAAUAAGUAAUUCAAAGAAGCUAUAAUAAUAAU